AUAAAUUUUUCAAUUUCCUUAGUUUCACAUCUACGUUAUAUUUUAUCUAUGGAUCAUCAAUUGAUACCAAUGAAUGUAACCAAGAAAGUUGAGAAUCAUAACCUAACAAUGUAUUUUAAUUCGUAUUUGAAAAGAUAUGUCUGCUAAAUAUUCAUUGUAAAUAUUAAAAUAAAGUACUUAUAUUUCAUAUUUGUAAUUUUUGAUAAAAAUUUAAUUGCAAAUGUUGUAUUGCAUAAAGAAUUGUGCAACUUGUAGUUACAACGCGUUGCGACAAAUAACCCGUGUAUUAGGUGUCUAUAAUUAUAGGAAUAUGUCGAUUCAAGUUGAAACUGUUAACCCUGAACCAAAUUUAAAUAAUCCAAGUAACAAAAGAUUAAGAGUAGACGAAGAUGAAGACAAUGCUGUAAAGAUUCAAAAAGUAAAUGUUGUAAAGAUUAAAAGAAGGGCUUACGCAUUGAUGAUGGGUUAUCUUGGUAGAGAUUAUUAUGGAAUGCAAAUAAAUCCUGGAAUGAAAACUAUCGAGGAUGAUUUAUUAAAUGCAUUGCUAAAGAAUAACUUGGUAACUACCGAAAAUAUUGAAAAUUUAAGAUCCUUUAAUUUUCAAAGAGCUGCAAGAACAGACAAAGGAGUAUCGGCCGCUAGACAAGUCGUUUCUCUGAAGCUACCUGAAACUGUAUCUAAAGAUAGUAUAAAUGAUUGCUUACCAAAUGAAAUUAAAGUAUUUGGUAUCAAACGCGUUACAAAAGGUUUCAAUAGUAAAAUUAACUGCAGUGGUAGAACAUAUAGAUAUAUUAUUCCUGCAUUUGCAUUUGUUGAAGAGGAUAAGGCUUCAUUACCAUCUCGAGAAGAAUGCGAUGUAGAAAAACGAAUGAAAGAGUUAUCGGUGAUCGAAGGAAAACCAUAUAUUGACUUUCGAUUAAAACCAGAAACUUUGGAAAAAAUAAAUUCAUUUAUGAAACUUUUUCAAGGAACUCAUAAUUUUCAUAAUUUUACAUCAAAGGUAAAGCCAUUAGAUCCACGGGCAAAACGUUAUAUAAUUAAAUUUCAAUGUGUAGAUACAUUUGUCUCAGAAAAUAUAGAAUUUGUAGUAAUAGAAAUUAAAGGUCAAAGUUUCAUGUUGCAUCAAAUCAGAAAAAUGAUUUCUAUGGUUAUCGCAUUUUUAAGAAACAUGGCGACAGAAGAUUCUUUGAAACAGGCAUUUAAAGAUGAAAAGAUGGAUAUACCAUUAGCUCCCAGUUUAGGUUUAUCUUUAAAUUAUGUACAUUAUGAUUAUUAUAAUACCAGGUAUGGUUCAGAUGGCAUACAUGAACCUUUAGAUUGGAAAGAAUGUGAGGAAGAAGUAGAAAAAUUUCAAUCGGAAUACAUAGUGAAACACAUUGUAAAUACAGAAAUAACAGAGAAGACAACGUUGAACUGGCUUGCCAGUCUUCCCUUGCAUUCAUUUUCAGUCAGAGAAGAAUCAAUUGCAUAAUAAUAUCUAUAAUUCUCUUUUCAUUAUAUAGAUAUAUUUUUUAUGCGUCAUCAACUAAUUAUAAAUAUUAAUUACAUUUAUGAUUAUGUAUAAUCACAAUAACAAUCUGUAAAAAAAACAGGAAAAAAAGAAAGAAAGGAAAAAAAAGAAAAGAAAAAAAAAAAAAAAGAAAGGGAAAAGAAUGGAUGUUCCAACAAAAAUUAUUUUCAAACGAAUUCUCACCUAUAUUCCAAAUUGAUGUUGUGGUGAUACGUUCAAAAAAAGAAAAGAAAAAAAAUACGAUAUUUACCAGAUGAAAUUGAAAUUAUAACUUAAGUAACAUAUAUUUAACCAAUCUUAUCAAAUUGAUUUUAAAUGAUUUUCUUAGAAUCUCCAUUAUAACGUAGAACUUCAUUAUUUCUACGUUUAUUUCCUUCUUUUAUGUAUGGUACACGAUAUGAUGGUAUGCGUUCAUCGAUAUACGUAUAUCACACAACACAAGCUCAUAUACUCAACGGGUAAUUCCGGGUCGAUACACGAUCAGUGGUGGAUCCUAGUUGAUGACAGCAACAGCACGAAACGGAACUCUCACUUUUUUCUCUCUCUUUCUCUCUCUCUCUCUCUUUUAGUAUUAUUGCCAUUUGAAGUUACGUUUUUUUUUUUUUGGUUAUUAU